UGCCCUCCACCAAAAAGCCAAAAACCAUUGUCUUGAAGACAACCACAUUUCACCAAACACCCAAUUAAACAAAUCUCAUUAAUCUAAUAUUCCCUUGCUAAAAUCCCUUAAUUCUCUCUUAAUCCACACGUUCAUGUCUUUCACUUCUUUCUUAUAUUUUCCUUCUUCUUCCUCCCUCUCUCCAACUCCCUCUCUCUUUUCUACUCUCUCUCUCCCAUGCAGCUACCUCGCAGAAAAACUCUCUCUCUCUCCGAAUCUGCGGCAAUGAAGGUACGCAAGAACAAUAACCUCUCCAUCUUCGUCGUCGUCUUUUCGGUCUUCCUCUUCGGGGUGUUCAUGUAUAAUGAGGACGUGAAAUCCAUCGCCGAGUUUCCAUUCUCGAGCCACAAAGCUCAAGAACUCCAGGAAGAACUCCAGUUGUCGAGACAGAGCGACCCGGUUCAAGAAACGAAACAGACCGACUCUGUUCAAGAAACCCACAACAGAGUGUCUCUGAGCUCGAGAACCCAACUGGAAGAAACCCAUUUGGAGAAUCACAAUUCAGAGGAAACCCAGUUGGAAAAUCACAACUCAGAGGAAACCCAGUUGGAGGAUCACAGUUCAGAAGAAACCCAGUUGGAGAACAACAAUUCGGAUGAAACCCUAGAGCCGGUUGAUCUGAAAUCCAUCGUCGAACAACACAAAGAUCAGAAGAUUGAAUUGUUGGGUUCUUCUCAGGAAGAAGAGGAAGAGGAGGAGAUUGAACUGCCGCCGGAAGAUUGCGAUUUGUUCAACGGAGAUUGGGUUUUCGAUCCCGCGACUCACCCCUUAUACAAAGAAGAAGAAUGCGAGUUUCUUACGGAGCAAGUGACGUGCAUGAGAAAUGGAAGGAAGGACUCUCUGUACCAGCAUUGGAGAUGGCAGCCCAGAGACUGUAAUCUCCCGAAGUUUAAUGCGAGAUUGUUGCUAGAGAAAUUGAGGAACAAGAGGCUGAUGUUUGUUGGAGAUUCACUGAACAGAAACCAGUGGGAAUCCAUGAUUUGUUUUGCUCAGUCUGCCGUUCCUCCCGGCAGGAAGAGCCUGGUGAAGAAUGGCUCCCUCUCUGUUUUCAGAGUUGAGGACUAUAAUGCCACGGUGGAAUUUUAUUGGGCACCAUUUCUGGUGGAGUCAAAUUCAGAUGAUCCAAACAUGCACAGCAUAUUAAAUCGAAUAAUAAUGCCCAAAUCAAUUAAAAAGCAUGGUGAAAAUUGGAAGGGCGUCGACUAUCUAAUUUUCAACACAUACAUUUGGUGGAUGAACACUUUCAACAUGAAAGUUCUACGAGGUUCGUUCGAUCAAGGGGCAACGGAAUACGAUGAGAUCGACCGGCCGUGGGCGUACCGGAGAGUCAUGAAAACUUGGGCUAAGUGGGUGGACAAGAACAUUGAUCCUAAUCGGACCACCGUUUUCUUCAGCAGCAUGUCUCCUCUUCACAUCAAGAGUUUGGAUUGGGACAACCCAAAUGGCAUAAAAUGCGCAAAAGAAACCACACCAGUUUUGAACAUGACAACCCCAUUGGAAGUGGGCACGGACCGCAGGCUAUUUGUGAUUUCAAGCAACAUAACAAAAUCAAUGAAAGUGCCCGUCUACUUUCUCAACAUCACAACCCUCUCCGAGUUCCGCAAAGAUGCACAUACCUCAGUCUACACCAUCAGGCAAGGCAAGUUGUUGACGCCGGAGCAGCAAGCCGACCCGGCCACUUACGCAGACUGCAUCCAUUGGUGCCUCCCCGGGUUGCCCGACACAUGGAACGAGUUUCUUUACUCACGUAUCAUCUCCCGCUCUUGACACAUAGGAAAAUCCGUACACUCUGCCCCUUGUUGUUUUAUAAUUUUUGUUUUAAUUUUGGGUCCACUAUUUCAUGUAAUUUCUCUCCUCAGUUUUUACUGUCUUAGGAACUCUUGUUUUUUAUUUUUUGGUUCUUUUAUUCAGCCAAUUUGACUAAAAGGUGAGAGCUGAAUGAGGAUGCUAAUUUUUAGCCAAAGUCUCACAAAAUUUGCUUAGGCUGAAAAGGGACUCUUUGAUACCACCCCCUCCCCACAAAACCCGAAUUGUAAAAUUCAUAUUCCAAAAAAUAAUAAAGAAAACGCAAAACUGCAUGUCCUCUUCUCUUA